AUGGUGCUCCUAUCCUUGCUCCCCUUGCUGGCAAGCGCCGCCGCCCAGCCUAUCGGCCACGACAACCCCAACUAUUACAAGAACGCCGGGGUCCUGCAGCAUGUCAACCCGAUGAUCGGGACCUACGGGACCUCUCCCAACGGCAAUGGCGGGAUGAUCCCAUCGGUCUCGGUGCCCUUUGGAAUGACUCGCUGGACGCCUCAGACGCGUGAGAACUUCAUCUCUCAGGUCCCCUACGGCGCAGGGGAUCGCUUGAUACAUGGGUUCCAAGCGACCCACCAGCCUGCGAUCUGGAUGGGCGAGUCUGGUCAGAUUGUCCUGACCCCGGGCAUGGGCGAUGUGCAACCCUUGUUUCAGAACCGCGGCCUGGCCUUCCGAAAGAGCGAUGAACGCAGCACCGCCUAUGUGUAUGAGGUCCUCCUGGAUGCGACGCAGCUGAUGGACCGGGACUGGAAUGCUACGGCCGAGGCCGCUGGAGAUGGUCCGGAUCCUGGUGGCGCCGGUUCAGUCCCGAGUGAUGUGGAGAGCGGUAGCAAUGGGCGGACAAGGAAACGUCAAGUGCAGCAGGAUAUCCUGGAGGCUCGAGCUUCCGACAAGACAGACUAUCACCACUCAAUCCAGGUAGAUAUCACAUUCCAUCGUGGCCUGAAAAGUCGCUACUCCCAGGAACAGUGUUUGUUAACAGACCUGAAGGCCGCGCUAUCUGCCAAAUCCCAUGCUGGCCAUCUCCGGCUAGACUUUCAGGAUCAAAAAGAUUCCCCUCCCAGCGAGAAGCUUGAGCCAUGGGUCUUUGUCGAAGUUUCUCGGAAGAACUGGACAGGUGAUGUCCAUAUCGAUGCUGAUCGUAAGGAAAUCUACGGAUAUAACACAGAGAGACAAGACUAUCUUCUUGGGCCAGACCAUGCCCGGUCAUUCAAGGGCUUUUUUGUCUCCCGAUUCUCUGAGUCCUUUGCAUCAUACGGAGUGACCAACGGGAACAAUAGCGAGGCCGGGAACCAAAGACACGGCAAUUUCACUGGGGCCUACGUCAAAUUCCGGAAAGACACCACUCGCGUGGAGGUCCGGACGGGUGUUUCCUAUGUUAGCAUUGAGCAGGCACGUAGGAACCUGGAUAUUGAGAUUCCGGACGGUUCAUCUCUCGAGGAUACAGUGGAGGACGUGAAGCAAUCUUGGCUCGAGAAACUCGGCCGUGUAGAAAUCGAAGGCGUCAAUCAAACUGAUGCGGAUCAUGACCCUCGCAUGAUCUGGUACACCAGUUUAUUUCACUCCCUACAGUACCCAAAUGACUUCUCGGAGCCGCUUUUCGCAGACAACGAUUCCCCACGAGUGUUCUACUCCGGAUACACUGACAGUUUUCAUACCUCCAAUGACUCUUAUUACCAGUCGUGGUCGAUUUGGGAUACGUACCGCGCGGAACACUCGGUGCUGACUCUUUUUGCACCAGAGCGAGUGAAUAGCAUGAUGCGAUCGUUGCUUCAGAUCUUUGACUGGUCGGGGUGGCUGCCCAUGUGGGCGAACAUGGUUGAGACGAACAUCAUGAUAGCCACAAACGCAGAUGCCGUCCUGGCAAAUGCACUCGAACGAGGAUUCCGCGAUUUCGACAUCUCGAAGGCUUGGGAUGCUGUCAGGAAAGAUGCUUAUACCCCGCCCGAUCGAGACACGGAACUGCUAUACUAUGAUCGUGAACCAUUCACCCCCAACGAAGUGCGAGCAGGUCUAACAGCUUACAUGGAGCAAGGAUGGGUUUCCAAUGACGACUGGUCCGAGUCCGCGAGCAGAACUCUAGACUACUCCUUCGACGAUUAUGCAUGCUCGGUUGUCGCAAGCCACGCUGGAGCUGAACCGAAUGCCAUUGAUGCCCUGCGUGCCCGCAGUGGCAACUACAAGCACAUCUGGAACAACGAGACCCAGUUUAUGCAGGCCCGCAACGCCAAUGGUACCUGGGCGAACAAUACCUGGGGAUGGACUGAGGGUGAUGACUGGGUCUACACAUUUGAUGUCAUGCACGAUGUACAGGGCCUAACUGAACUAUUCGGGGCACCCGAGGUCAUGGCGAAGAAAAUGGAUUCCUAUUUCCAGGACGGCCACAAUGACCAGACGAAUGAACCCAGCCACCAUGUUCCGUACCUCUACUCGAUCCUGGGCUACCAUGACCGAGCGGCCGAGACUUUGCGGGAGAUUUCCUGGGCCAAUUAUAACGCGACAAGCGGUGGACUCGGUGGCAAUGAAGACCUGGGUCAAAUGAGUGCCUGGUAUCUCUUUACGGCUCUGGGAUUCUACCCUGUGAAUCCUGCUAGUGACGAAUACAUCGUUGGAACUCCCUUCUUCGAGAAGGUGUCCAUUCGCUUGCCCACCGGAGCCGCCACCGGUGGCCAGGUGACAAACAGAGCCGAGAAAGUUCUUGUCAUCAGCGCACCUGGAGCGCCCUCCAAGCCAUAUGUUCAAAGCCUCAAGGUUAAUGGGAAGGAUAUUGACUUGCCUAUCUUGAAGCAUCGUGACAUUGUCACAGCGACUAGCAUCGAGUUUGAAAUGAGUGAAGCCCCGACAGCCUGGGGGACACAGCCUGUUUGGCUGUAA